CGGUCCCGCGACCCGCGAAGCUCCAGCCCUCCGCCGAGAGGAAACCGGGACCGCGACCCGCCGCCCAGCCCUCGCCGCCCCUCGGCCGCCCCGCCCGCUCCGACUGCUGCUGCUGCCUGCCGGGCCUCCGCAGCGGGGUCGGGCGCCGAGACCGCCUCCCGCCGGCGCCGCCCCCUUAGCUGCCCGAAGCCCGCCUGCGCCGCGGCGCGCGGCCGGAGCUCAGCAGGGCCGGGGCUCACCUGGGCCGAGCCCGCCUGGGCCGGCGCGCGGGCUGCUGCCAGCGCCGAGCCCCGCGCGUGUGCCCCGCUCGCGCUCCCCGCGGCGGCGGAGGUUUCGCAGCUGGUGGGAAACUCGGGACCUCGGCGAGGAGGACCCACUGGGUUUUUUUCGUCCAAGAUGGCAGCCUCCAGCCGCGCACAAGUGCUGGAUCUGUACCGCGCGAUGCUGAGGGAGAGCAAGCACUUCAGUGCCUACAAUUACAGAACGUAUGCCAUCAGGAGGAUAAGAGACGCCUUCAGAGAAAAUAAGAAUGUCGGGGACCCUGCGGAAAUCCAAGCCCUAGUGACGAAAGCCAAGAGAAACCUGGGAAUAAUCCGCCGACAGGAAAAUCAGAUGCCCGGACACUGACGGGUACUCGAGCAUGGGAACCUGACUCAUCUGGAGCCUGAAGGAGCGGAUGCGUGUACCGCACACCUGCGGUUUCGCGUCCAUGAAGUCCACGGAUUGUACUGUGGUUUCCCAGGCUACUUCCAGGUCGAAAAUGCCGUGAUUCAACAUGUCCCAUAAAUAUCUGUCCCCUUUGAGUAUUUGCAGAAACUCCUGGUACAUUUGAGAGUAAAUCGCUCUGCUCGGCUUUCCUGGACCAUUUUUCACCAAGAUCUUAGGUCUCCAAGUUCGGGCUGUAGAUGGGCACACUUGUAAGCCAGCCUGUACCUACGGCUUCGUAAGUUCCCAAGACUUCUCUUGGUCUUGCCUUUCUGCUUCAAGAAAAGUCCUGAAGUGGAAUGAUUUGAUUAGUGUUCCUUGCCCCUCUGCUUCUGGCCUUCCUCCUGGUGGAAGACGCAUCAGCAGUGCAAAGGCGUAAACCCAAGCAGAAUGUUUUCUUUCAAAGACAAUGAAAUAGCACUUGAAAAGCAGUAAUGUGACACCCGUCAGCAAAAGAAAGAUUAAAAUGCUUCCCCCAGUCUCCAGCUUAAGGCUAAUCCUCCGUCCUAUGUGAUUUGACUUCUUCCUGCUCCCUGCUGACUUCUCGGCUACGUGCAACACCGUCUGCUGGGUAAGCCAAAGGCCUCCUUUCCUGCCCUAGAUGCUCAUCACGUGGAUUCAGAGUCAUCACGCGGAUUCAGAGUCGUCAGAACCUCGUGGAAGUGCCUUCUCACUCUGGCUCCUUGGGAAACAAACUCGUCCUCCUCGUUCUAAAUGCCAUCCCGCCCUCAUUUCGGGGAACAGAACAGAGGUUACCUUCCCCUCUGCUUCUACAGAUCAAUGGAGAUUAGAUCAAACGAUCAGUCUACAUAUUUUAAAAAGAGCAAUAAAGCAGUUAGAGGCACAGGAGAUUGACGUACGCCCGGUCUUGCACUUGAAUGACAGUCCUUAGGAAAUCGACGUGGGUUCGUAGACAGUGACCACAGUUGCCCCCUAAGCGAGUCCUGUAUCUUUGGGGCAUAUGAACCCUUUCAACAUGCAUAAAAAUCCCCAGCCUCCCAAGAAAGUUUAAGAACACCAGGCGGCGGGAAGGGCUGUCGCGCCCCAUAGCCUGGCCUGUCUGUGAGGUUACCUUUUCAGACUGUAGUUCCUCUGCAGCUAUAAACAGACUUCUUCAUACAAAAAUGUAAAUUGAUUUCCUCCCCCUCCGAUUUUCCUAGAAAUUCCUGUCUUUCCUCAAGUCUGGGGCAGUGGUAUUCCCACAGCUGGCAAUCUUCCAGGAGAAACACUUCUCACUUGGACAUUGCCUGUUCGGUGUGCUUCAUGCCUCCAGGGUUGACACGUGCAAAACAAGAUUCCACUUCCUUUCUAGAAGACGCCUUCCUCACCUCUGCAUUUUUCGUGGACAGAAGUAGUGCUUCUGCCUGCUUCCGUGUUCAGAGAGCUCACACGGGGUUGCUGCAUAGAAAGCUUCAGCACGAGUCUCAUUUGGGUUUUUAUCAUGGUAUCUGUCCUCCCAUCCAGUCCAGCAGAUGAGUCUCAGCCUAGUCUGCCAGAGCUCUGCGCCUGUGGACUCCUGGAAGAGCUGUUUUGUUGCUGCAGCAGCUGCAGUGGGAGCAGGUGUAACCGCUCUGGAGCAGAAAGCGAGUCAUGGGCCCGGCGCUCUCAUCUCAGCUCUGAUGGCCGCUUCCCGAAUGAUCCUGGGCAGGUGGCUUCUGGGCCUCCUUUACCUCACAUGUGGGGGUGACUCUGUUGAUGAACGUGGUGGUGGCGAUGGUGGGUGCCUGUCCCGUGCCCGGUCGUCGCGCCCUCUCUGUAAACCGACCUCGUGUGCCACACAGGCACGUAAAUGGCUCGUCUCAGCUUCUCCUGACGGCAGCCUUGUGAGAGAGACACCGUUAUCCUUGUCAGAUGAGGCGAUUCCGCCCUGUGUUUGAGCAAUUCUCCCAGGGACACGCGGUUAGGAGAAGGAUGGGCCUGCGUCUGUUCUCCGAAGAGGGCUCACGCGGAGUGGCCUUCUCCUAACAGCAGGUAGGCGAGGCCUUGGAGAGGAGAGGGGGAGGCAGGGUGUGGGUUUUCCGAUGGGUCCGUCACAGCUCUUCUUAGGAGCUGGCCCUUCCCGGCAGCAGGCUCAGGAACAGUUUGCCUCCAGGGCUCAUCUCCUUUGUCAUUGCUCAGAAGACUCUCUCUCACCCUCUCUGCCUUGAAAAGAAAAAAAAAAAA